GUGUUUUUGUAACUAAAUUAACAUGGCUCGAAUGAACCGCCCAGCUCCCGUGGAAGUCACACACAAGAGCAUGAGAUUCCUCAUCACUCACAACCCAACCAAUGCAACCUUAAACAAGUUUAUAGAGGUAAGAGCAGAUACUUUCCCCUUUGAUGAUGGAGCGCCACCGUCCAACCAGAUUGUCGACGACUGGUUAAAUCUUGUGAAAGUUAAGUUCCGUGAAGAACCUGGGUGUUGUAUUGCUGUCCACUGUGUUGCAGGCCUUGGGAGAGCUCCAGUGCUCGUUGCCCUAGCAUUAAUUGAAGGCGGGAUGAAGUACGAAGACGCGGUGCAGUUCAUCCGACAAAAGCGGCGCGGAGCUUUUAACAGCAAGCAACUUUUAUAUCUGGAGAAGUAUCGUCCUAAAAUGCGGCUGCGCUUUAAAGACUCCAACAGUCACAAGAACAACUGUUGCAUGCAAUAAAACUGGGGUGCCUGAUGCUACUGCCUCGGACCUGGAGCUUGAGGCAGGACCUGAUGGCGUGCAUACUA